UAAUAUGACAGUUCAAGAACAUCAAAAUUCAAGGCAGUUUGUGUAUUCAAAUAAUGAUUGGAUUUUAACAACAAAAAUCCCUUGGUUUGAAGCCAAGAACUAUAAAAUACAACAAACAAUGGCGAAAUGCGGAGAAUUCAUUAAAAGGCAAUUUCCAUUGAUAGACGAUGAGCUUAAGAAGUAUGUAGAAGAUGUUUUAGACAGCAGCGCUGGAGAAUUUGAAGAUAAAGAAGAGGUUUUUGAAGCUGUUGGUGAAGUACUUCAAGGUAUUUCAGAGAAGUCAGAAAAUGACAUCAGAGAUAUAUGUGAAGAACUAUUGCAUAUGUUACAACCAGAAAAAUGUGGUACUACAAAUGGACCAAGGAAAGUAUUGGAUGCACCUAUCCAUUUGGCAUCAAUGAAAACAACUGUGAUUGAAAAUGAUGAUGUGAAGAGUAUAUGGUUGCAAACAAGGGAUGAUAAUUUGAAAGUUGAUGCGAGAAAAUUAGAAAAAGCUGAAGCAAAGUUACAACAAAAGCAACAGAAAAACAAAGAAGCAAAAAUACCAAUUAUUGCUCCAGUACUACAAACUGCAACUGCCUCACAAGUAACAUCAAAGAAAGAUAGCAAAUUAGAAGCAAAAGGAACAAAUAGAACUCAGGAUAUCAGAAUAGAAAAUUUUGAUAUUGCUUAUGGUGAUAGGGUAUUGUUACAAGGUGCUGAUCUAGUCCUAGCAUUUGGACGUCGCUAUGGUCUUGUAGGUAGAAAUGGGCUUGGUAAGACCACCCUCCUUCGAAUGAUAUCAGCUAAGCAACUUAAAAUACCUUCCCAUAUAUCAAUACUUCACGUGGAACAGGAAGUUGUUGGGGAUCAAACCAUAGCUUUACAAAGUGUUCUUGAAUGUGACACUAUAAGAGAGAAUUUAUUGAAAAGAGAAAAAGAAAUAACUGCAACACUUAACAAUGGUUCAACAGAUCCGAGUCUCUCAAAUGAACUGACAGAAGUGUAUGCACAGCUAGAAAAUAUCGAAGCGGAUAAGGCUCCGGCACGAGCGUCAAUAAUUCUCAGUGGGUUAGGUUUCACGCCAGAGAUGCAAGCUCGAGCAACGAAGACAUUCUCCGGAGGCUGGAGGAUGAGACUGGCCCUGGCGAGAGCGCUGUUUUCGAAACCUGAUCUCCUACUCCUAGACGAGCCUACCAACAUGUUAGACAUUAAAGCCAUUAUCUGGUUAGAGAAUUACCUCCAGAACUGGCCGACCACUUUACUUGUUGUCUCCCACGACCGCAACUUUCUGGACACAGUACCGACUGAUAUAAUGCAUUUACAUUCACAAAGGAUUGAUAUUUAUAGAGGUAAUUACGAGCAGUUCCACAAGACAAAGACAGAGAAGUUGAAGAACCAGCAACGAGAGUAUGAGGCCCAGCAACAGCACCGGGCACACACGCAGGAGUUCAUCGACCGCUUCCGGUACAAUGCCAACCGGGCCUCCUCCGUGCAGAGCAAGAUCAAGAUGCUGGACAAGCUACCAGAACUGAAGGCAAUAGAGAAAGAGAUAGAUGUCGUUCUGCGGUUCCCAGAGACAGAGCCGCUGUCACCUCCAAUAUUACAGUUAAACGAAGUUGGAUUCUAUUACUCUAAGGAUAAAGUUAUAUUUACUAAUGUCAAUCUCGGAGCCACGUUGGAGUCCAGGAUAUGUAUUGUUGGUGACAAUGGUGCCGGUAAGACAACACUGCUCAAGAUAAUAAUGGGAAUUCUGUCCCCGACCAACGGAGUGAGAAGCGUUCAUCGUGGAUUGAAGUUUGGAUACUUCAGCCAGCACCACGUGGACCAGUUAGAAAUGAAUGUGAACUCUGUGGAGCUGCUGCAGAGGAAUUAUCCAGGAAAAUCCAUAGAAGAGUACAGGCGACAGCUGGGCAGCUUCGGAGUGAGCGGUGACCUGGCGCUCCAGACCAUCGCCAGUCUGUCCGGAGGGCAGAAGUCGAGGGUAGCGUUCGCGAACAUGUGCCUGGGUAACCCCAACUUCCUGGUGCUCGAUGAACCCACGAACCACCUGGAUAUAGAGACCAUUGAGGCCCUUGGCAAAGGCAUCAACAAGUAUACGGGCGGUGUUAUCCUUGUAUCUCAUGACGAGCGGUUAAUACGAAUGGUUUGUAAGGAGCUGUGGGUCUGUGGCGGAGGUUCCGUCAAGAGUAUAGAAGGAGGCUUCGACGAGUACAGAAAGAUUGUAGAGAAAGAAUUGGAAGCGCAAAAUAAGUGACAUUAGAUUUUAUUUGUAUAUUAUUUAUAAUAAACUAUGUAAAAAGUAUAUUAUAAUUAUAAAGAAAAAAACUAUAAA